CCACCGCAUCCCGUUCACCGUUUUCAGCAGGCGGCCAUGCUCUGAUGGAGAGAAUAAAACUGACCCUUUUCUUUUUCUCAGAUUUGUUCACCACCGUGUCAUUCCAGAUGUGACUGACAAGUCGUUUUAUGUCGCCUGCGUUGAGUCCUGUGCUAUCAAUCUCGGAGAGACUGUGACACCAUGGCUUUGGUUAUGGAACCUAUAAGUAAAUGGACACCAAAGCAAGUGCUGGACUGGAUGAAAGGUCUGGAUGACUGUCUCCAGCAGUAUGUGAAGAGUUUUGAGCGGGAACAGAUGGGAGGAGAGCAGCUGCUGCACAUCACCCACCAGGAGCUGGAAGAGCUGGGUGUCACCAGAAUAGGACACCAGGAACUCAUCCUGGAAGCUGUCGACCUCCUCUGCGCCCUGAACUAUGGCCUAGAGACAGAGAACCUCCGGACGCUGUCCCAUAAGCUGAACGCCUCGGCUAAGAACCUCCAGAACUUCAUUCUGGGACGACGAAGGGGUGGACAUUACGAUGGACGAGCUUCCCGGAGGCUGCCCAAUGACUUCCUCACCUCAGUGGUGGAUCUGAUUGGUGCAGCUAAGAACCUGUUAGCUUGGCUCGACAGGUCUCCUUUUGCCAGUGUGACAGAGUAUUCAUUACUGAAGAACAACAUUGUACAGCUCUGCCUAGAGUUAACCACCAUUGUACAACAGGACUGCACUGUGUAUGAGACAGAGAAUAAGAUCCUACAUGUGUGUAAGACCUUAGCGGGGAUUUGCGACCACAUCAUCUCUCUUUCGUCAGACUCAUUGGUCUCCCAGUCUGCACAUCUGGAGGUUGUUCACCUGACCAGCAUCAUGCCUAGUGAAGGGCUGGGGAUGUAUAUCAAAUCAACGUAUGAUGGACUCCAUGUUAUCACUGGAACCACAGAGAAUUCUCCAGCAGAUCAGUGUAAGAAGAUUCAUGCAGGGGAUGAGGUGAUCCAAGUCAACCACCAGACAGUGGUGGGCUGGCAGCUGAAGAACCUGGUGAACGCUCUGAGAGAGGACCCAUGUGGAGUCAUCCUCACGCUGAAGAAGAGGCCCCAGAACACCCUGAGCUCCACGCCCGCUCUCCUCAGGAACGUGCGCUGGAAGCCGCUGGGCUUGCAGCCCGUCCCCACCAGUCCCACCAGUACCUCUCCCACAACCUGUGGAACCUUGGGUAUGUCCAAAAUGGACGCCCCCAGCAUGCAGGACGUCUUCAUUCUCUCCCCUGUCUCUGGACUCUACAGCACCAGGGAGGAGCUGGGUCUGAUGUCAUGCGAUGACAUCAGCCGCUACAGCGUGAGCUCCCAGUCUGGCUCCAAAGGCUCAGAGGCGGUCAGCUACUACCUGGACCAGGACAGCGGUCAGUACUUUUCUCUGCUGGAGGGAGACGGACCCCCAGGGCCCGACUACGAUAGGGGCCGCAAUACGGGGGUCCGCCGGCGGGACAAGACCCCCACUCAUGGUGACCUCAGACCCGUUUCCAUGCCUCCGGAAUAUAAUUGGAUGGCCGAGGCCAAGGAACCCAGCAUGGGCAAGAGAGGGAGCCGAGAUUCAGACAACUCUCUGCUCCGUUACCUGAGCGACGACAAGAUCCUGGUGAUCGAGGAGGAGCCAGAGGGGCCGGGAAGAGAGAGCCGGCGGGACUCCACCAGGCGUUCGCGGCGCAAGAGCCGCAAUCCCAGCAGCCCCAGCUUUCCCAUCAGCCCCUCCAUGCUGUCCUCCACCCUGCGCCUGGACCAGCCGCCUGACGCUAUGGCACGAGGUGCAGAAACACUGCGGGCAGAUACGACAGACAGGUACUCGGGCUCAGGAAGCUCAGGAGCGGCCUCCAUGAGGAAGUCUUUCCAUUACACCUCUCUAAGAACAAAAACCAAAAAGAGAAGUAAAGGUUCCCUUACCAGUGCUAGCCGAAGGAGGAUCUCCUGUAAGGACCUGGGCCACGGUGACUGUGAGGGCUGGCUGUGGAAAAAGAAGGACGCCAAAGGCUACUUUACUCAGAAAUGGAGGAAGUACUGGUUCAUCCUCAAAGAGUCUUGCCUCUAUUGGUACACCAACCAGAAUGAUGAGAAGGCUGAGGGCUUCAUCAGCCUCCCUGAGUUCAGAAUAGACCGAGCCAUUGAGUGCAGGCGGAAAUUUGCCUUCAAAGCCUGUCAUCCCAAAAUCAAGAGCUUCUUCUUUGCCACAGAUUGUCUUGAGGAGAUGAACAGAUGGAUGAACCGGCUGGGGCUGGCUGCUAUUGGCUACACACCUGAUGAUAAGGUGCCGCGCCCUGAUGAAGACUACUGGAGUGAGAGCGAUCAGGAUGAAGUUGAUGGCUCGAUGACGCUCAAACAGGAGGGACCCUCUUCCCUUUGUGAUACCUACCAUCGCACACCAUCAGUCAAUUCCUCUAGCCCUUUCCCGGAGCCCAAGCAUGGUCGCCACUUCUCCAGCGAAUCCACACACUCCCACUCCUCAGCUGAAGACCAGCGCGGGGAUGGCAUGGGCAUGGGCACAGGCACGGGCAGCACCAGUACCCACUCCUCUGGCUGCCGCUCCUCCCACCGUGAGCGCCGAUCUUGGCAGGACCUCAUCGAGACCCCCCUGACCAGUGCAGGGCUUCACUUCCUUCAGACGGCACCAGGGGAGAGUGAAGGGGGUUACGGAGGUGGAAUGGGGAGCAUGGUGGGGGAGAUGGGGUUUUAUGGAGGGCUGGGCAGACAGGGUAUGUCCCCAGAGAGGCGCAGGCAGGCCACGCUGCCUGUGCGGAGGCACCAUGCCGCCGAGAGGGACAGGGAGCGGGAUGGGCCCUUUCCUCUAGAACGGGGGCCACACACACAUGCCCACACACAUCGACGCUCCCACAAGCAGCGCAGCCAAAGCCUGCCUAGGAACAGAGACCCAAGGCCUGGCAAGCUGUUACAGACCCCAGCUCGUAUGGAGGAGAGGAGUGAGGAUGAGGAAGCAGAAGGACAGGCUGGAGAUAUCAACGAGGGCGAGGAGGACCUGCGGGAGUUCAGAGUGGAUAGCAGGGAGAGGAGGAUUUCAGAAGGAAGGGAGCGGCGAGUGUCAGACUGCCGUGAACCAGAGCCGUUGGACGGCCUGGAGCAGCUGUACCGGGCCCUGGAGCAGGCCAACGUGACGGCCCUCGGAGACCCCCGGCCCUGUAGCCGGCAGGAGCUCCGGCGUUGCUUCACCCAGAGAGCCAGAGACCCCCUGCUAAAUGACAGACUGCACCGGGUGCGAGCCCUCCGCAGCACUCUGAAGGCCAAAGAGUCGGAGCUGGCAGUGAUCUGUGCCCUGCUGGAGGACCCUGGCCUGUGCUCCCAGACCUUCAGAGAGUGGAAGCAGUGGCACAGCGAGCUCUACUCAGACAUCUGCCAGCUCAGCCCGGGCACCAACGGCCAGGACGAUCUCUCCCCGCUGGCCGCACCUCUCAUGACCCACACACACUCCUUCAUCGAGACACAUGUGUGAGAGCGAGAAGAGAAGCAAAGACCAUAUGCAUAUGCACAUGCACAUACAGGACAUGCACACACACACACACACACACACACACACACACACACAAACCACACACACACGCACCUUCGCAUUAGCUGAAUCUUCUGUCCUGAUCACUACUCUGAGCACGUACUGAAACUCACACAAACACACAUACAAAGGCACACGGGAACACACACUGUAAGAUGUGUAAAUAUCAUAGAGGGAACAGUCAAGAGACCUGCGUGUAUGAACUUUUGAUAAUCCUGAGGACCCCACAGGGUGCCUACUGCAUGCCUGAACAGAAAGCAUUAAUCUUCCUUUGUGUAUGGAACUCAGCAUAAACUCAACACGCUUGUCAAGCAAAAUGGAAAAAAAGGAGACUUUUUGACAUGUUUGUUCCUUUGUAUUCUCUUGGUUUUGCUAUUUCCGGUUGAUUUUAGGGGGCAGGGGGAGCUAUGUAGCAGCAAUACAGAGGAGAAUCCUUUUCACCACAGCACUGUACUUUUGUACUGAUGAACUUUGCACCCAGAGCCACCAGUUCUCCCCCUUUCUCUCUACCCUUUUUCUCUCAUUGCACAUCUUGUUGAUUUUUAGGGACCUUACUGUUAUUCCAGGCUGGUUUUAAUGGGACAGUGUGGGGAAAGUAAGCAAAGUGACUUUUACUGUCAGACGGUGACAGGUAGCCGUCGAUGCUGGUGUUCCUGUCUUAGCUGUACCUUUGGGAACCAAUGAAAAUGACCAUUGCUUGCAUUUGAAAAGCUGUCGAGAAAUCCCACUAGCCACUGUUUCAAACUGUGAACUGUUUUUUGGUGAAUAGAAAUUAUGAUUCUGCCCGCAGAAUGAGGCUCCUCCAAUAGAGUGCAAUUUACUGAGGUUUCUACGAUUCAGUUUGCAUCCUCUCUUUCUCUGUAUUUUUCCCUCUCUUUCUGUGUUUCUCUCCAUCUCCUCCCUCUCUUACAAUUUUUUUGUUGUUUUCAAGCUCUUCUUUCUCUAGUCAUCAAAGACUUGUGUAUAUUUGUAUACUGCUGUGUAUACUGAUGUAAAUGUUUGCGUUCCACUACCACUGUGAUAUGCUUCUAGAGGUAGCGGAGGGAAGACAGAGAGUAUGUACUUAAAUGCGUGGGUGCAAAACGAUUUUUUUUUUCCUUUUCUUAAACAGCGAAUGCAAGAGCUAGAGAGUUCUUUCAAAGGAGUCACUCACUACAAAGAAUGCACUUUCUAUAUCUCUAUAUCUCAUUGGCUGCAUCACAGGGUCUAUGUCUCAUCGGCCUCUACCAUUGCUGUUCAAAAUAUCAGGUAAAAGCAUUUGCCGUCUCAUUUUCUAAAGAUUUGUGUACAGUCUACAAAUAUAUUUAAACAUAGAAGAAUAUAUAAAUCUAUUUACGUUUUGUGUCAUAGAUAUAAUGUAAAGUAUGAUGUAUUCUAUGCCAAGGUUUUGCAGUGUCCCCCUCUUCACUCUGUUGACGCAGGGUGUUAGUAGUUUAACAACUAGGAGGCAAAGAACAACCACCAUCGACUUGAUUGACAGUUUUUGCUGGUUUCCAUCACGGCUGACCCAUAGACGUUCUCCUGGUGAUGUGUUGCAUGAGAAAAGGCCUGGGACUGAUUUGAUUGGACAGGGUAAUAAUGUGGAUCAUUUGUGUUCUUUUUUGUUUGUUUGUUUGUUUGUUUGUUUGUUUACCCUCUUCUCCUUCCUCUCAUGAUUGCAAGAAAACUAGACUUGUAGCGCAUGAUACAUGCAAAAGUACUGUUAAAGAAUGAGAUUUUAUUCAUGUGUUCAUAAAUUUGAGGUAUUCUUGAUUUUUUUUUUCUUCAUUAGGUAGUGUUCGAAGACACACACUGUACAAUAACUGAGGGAUGCAUUUUUGCUACUCAGUACUUGAUCUCAUGCAGAUCCUCUUCUAGGUUUCUAUGUUGUUUCAGUUCGGGUGUUUUGGUUUACACAGAAAUGAGAGGACGCCGACAUAUGGCGUCCAAAGGUUUUAGAUUUGGGUUUGUCUUUUUAGGACUCCGGUCUGAGAGACAACUACAACGGUUCCUCUAAACUGAAAGCUAUUCUGACAUUCCCUCUAGGCAUAAGGCUGAUACUGGGUGGUUGUAGACCUCUACGCUAAAUGGUCUGUAAUGUCUGUGAAACUCGGAUGAAUCAUUUCAUCUGCAAUAUCAGGCCAAGGACUUAACAGUGCCCCCCAGUGUCGAAGACUCUGAGAGACAUGAGUAGCACCUGCUGCAUCUAGCACUAUCUGUACUUACUCCGUAUUCUUCAUAUUUUACUGUAGUUCUUUGAGUGUAGGUUCAGGUUUUUCAUUAUGUCACACUGUUGUGAAAUCAAACACACCCCAGAGAUAUAGUUCAUGUUUUAUGAAUGGUUAAUUUGAGAGUACCACAAAGAAACUAAAUGAUGCAAGCACUUUCCCUGUGCCUCCCAACCCUCUCUUUGGCAACGAUGGACUGACCAUAACGGCGUUCCUACACACACACAGCUGUAGAAGUGUUACAAUACAGUUUUAGUCUGCAGAACUUUCUCCAACUCUCAUCUCUGGUGUUGAUCUUCUUUUUCCAGUUGCUGCUCUGUUGAGCAGGUGACAUACUGUAGAUUUAGGAGUGCGAGUUAUGAUUUGUAGGCACAGACUGUGUUAUCCCUCCCAGAUCUUUGUGUGUGUAGACCUGCAGAAACAGGCCGAAAAGGGAGAUUCCACUGUGUGUUCUUUCAGGGGUGUACACCUCAUGGUACAUUGCACAGGUGUGUAAGAUGUAAGUUGCACUGCGACAUUAAAAAAGGAACAUAUUGCUCUUUUUCAAGGAUAAUAUUAGCUUACUGUUAUUCUGUACAUUAAACUGACUAAAGAUGAUAUUAAAAAAAGAAAGACAAAAUACAUUUAUUCUUCCUAAAGUAGCCUUUUUUGGUUUCAUAUAUAUGAAUAUAUAUUACAAAAAAUACAGAUUGUAAACUUAAGUUGUUAACUUUGACUUCAAUAAACUGAAUCCUCUGCACUAUGA